AUGAAGGGGAAAAGAGGAUCAAGAUUUUUCUUCCAUCUUGUAAUUCUGGUUCAAUAUGUUUUUUGCCAUCCACAUCUCGAGACAAAUUCGGGGCUACUUUGUUGUGAGAAAUUAACCAACACAAGUGAUUUUCGCUGCUGGAAUGAAACAUCAGAGAUGAAUAGCACAGCGAAUACGGCAGUAACUGGCCAUUGUGUACGAGGAAUGUCGAAGAAAACAUGUUUUAAAGCAACUUUGUUGGAGCCAUGCCGAGAAAAUCCAAUGGAGAGUAUCAUACCUCUGGGGAAGAGAGAAAUACAUAUAGGAGCAUUCGUUCCUUUCCUAAAGGAUGAUAGAAACGGUCACUAUAAUGCUAUGAAGAUGGCUAUCGACAUCAUUAAUAAUAGAUCUGAUAUAUUGCAAAAUUAUACACUGGUGUUGGACGUGGAGGAUACUGCUUGGGUGAGUGUAUUACAUCGUUUUUAUCAGAAUUCAUGCGAAGCUUUCAAUGUUUUUUUGUUUUUUUGCGAAAAUAGUGCACCGAAAAAUUUACAUUAGGCGAUAUAUUUAAGGACUCUUCCUGAUUUUCUUUAUUGUAACACUCAUGGAGAUAAGAAUGUGUUGAUGAGAUUUGAAGAAUUAUCAAUGAUGACUGAGAAUUCAUGUCGGAAUCUUCAAAAUAUCUUUUUAACAUGCACUCCGAAAUUACAGCCAACAUGAACUAAAAAGCACCCCGAAUAUCGAUUUAAACCUCUCAAAGAUUUUGGCACAAUGACCUUGUUAAUUAAAAUGUUUCUAAACCCGUAAAUAAUUCGUUACUUUUUUAAUUCAACCUAUGUGCUUCUCAGUUGUUAACCCCCUCUUUACCUGCAUCCGAAAAAAUAUAGAAAAGAAUUAAAUCCAUCCCUAUCAUUGAAUUUCUGAGAAAACCACGGACGUAGAAGGAACUAAAUUGGACAAAGUCUGGAAUAUUUCACAAAAUUUGUAUUAUAUUUACCCGUAUGAUCUAGUUUCAAUUUCUUUUGUUGAGUAAUUAAAUUUAUAUUGACAGUUCUGCUUGUUGAAAAAGGCGACUAUCAGAUGAUCAGUAUUCUGUCAGUCAUAUCUCUGCACCUCUGUACACAUACAGUCUCUCUAAUUGACCAGGUGUCGGAGGAGUUUGAGUUUGAAUGAUAAAUACAUUAAACGAAGGUUUUGAGCUAACUUUUUUUAAUUUCUCUUCCUUCUUGGCGGUUAGAGAGAUCUUUUUCGCUUUUUCAGUUUAGAUUCUCUAUUAAUCAAAGUUCCAAUUUUCAAAUGUUAGUUAAUUCCUCACAAAAAAGCUUUAUUUCCAAGAUUUAUUCCGCUCCGGUUUUCCCAAUCACCGAUAGCUAAAUGUAUAAUUGAAUGAAAACCUGGAAGCUGCGAAUGGCGUUCUCUGUAUCUCUCAGUGACUCCCUUCUCCCCUCCCCCAACCCAGUGAUACACAAGAUUGCAACCACCUUUACCAACAUAAAUUACACACUAAAGAUUACCCUUUUCGAUCCUUAAAGUCACUCAACCUAAAUAACUUUGUAGGCUAAGAUAUGGAAGCGAACUUAAAAUUUCUCAAUACUUUUUGAAAGCUAUCUCUAUUUUCCUUCUAUCUAGACUUCUUAUAGAGUUGUUAUUAAUUUUUUGGUCUUCUUCAGUGGAACAAUGGCUCUUUUUCCCUAAAUUAAAGAUUAACAAACUAAGGACAGGACAAUAAAAUUUUCAGAAGUGGAAACCGAGAAUGAGGCAAAUCUUACCCCUGUUUUAAUUCUGUGUCCUACAUGUCCUUCAAUCAUCUCAGUUUAGAUCCGAGGACUGUUUCGAAGGCGACUUCCUGAAAAUGUUUUUAAAUUGACCUUCCCCUUGCAGUUAAAGUUCCGGUACGUGAUGUACGAACAAAUUAAUUUAAACUAGAACGUGACUUUUGGAAUCGAUUUUAGUCCAAAAACAAAACAAUCAUAUGUCUCUGAGUUGUCUGCUUGCUUGAUGGUAAAAGCAUUGUAACGAAAUAACACUUCGUAAACUAAAGUUUUGUCUCUAAGGAAAAGUAAAAAGACUUGAGAAAAAUUCGACAACAUUUAGGGUUAUUACUCCAGACUCUCCAUCUAGAUCAUGUAAAGCGUGCGAGAAAAGGUUGAGUGGUCAUUUCCGUCCAGAGAGUUAAAUCUUGGCGUCUGAUAGCCUUCCAUUAAGGUAAAUGUAUUAAUUUGUUCCAGGAAAGUCAAAUAUAUUCUGAAUUUUUUUUAUCGGCUCUUUUGAUUUCUAAGAAUAUUAAUCUCUUUAUUAAAUUGAAAAAAAAUGGACAGAAGAAAGGUACAGCACCUGUUUAAACAAGUCUUCCUUCACAUGAAAAUACUUUAGAACCUUUCUUGCAUUAAUCUUCAACACAUUUUGGUAGAGGUAAAAACAAUGACUAUUUACUGCCAUUGCAUGGAAAGUAGCAAAGCAUCAAGGAUAAGACUUUCAAAAUAAGAUUUGUAACAACACACUAUGUGCACUAUGUCUCUUUUAGUCACUUAAAAUAAAAAUGGUGAAGGUGUCUGCAAAUUCCAUAUCUUAAAUCUGUCACGCCUAAUUAGCGUCUGAAAGCACAGAAGCAGCAUUCAAAAGCUUUGCUUGAAAAAUUAUGAAUGGAUUCCACGAAUAUUCAACGUGUCGUGGUUUGAGUUACGCACCUCAGGCAGGUGCCCGAUUAUAUUUAGAUAUGGCCAAGAGAUAUACGACUGAUGUGACGGCAGGUUAUAGACUCCAGAGGAAAAGAGAAGUAAAUUAUACACAAGUUCAAGCCUUGAUAACGAAUACGUUGGAGAAAGUGAUUUUUUUCUAUUUCCGCUUUUUUUCUCUUUUCCCGAGCAGUUUCUUGUUGAUGGAGCAGAGCUAUGAUAGUCCAAAUUGCUUUACGUCAAACAUCCGCACCAAAGCAUUGAGUGGUGAAAUCAGUUUGCGAUUCGCAGCAGCCUUAAUGAAGAUAUGAGACUUUCGAAGGAAAUAUUCGCUCUGAAAUUAAAUCAGAUUAAAUGGGUUGAUUUAAGUAGGCAAUGAAAAUAAGAGCUCCCGCACAUCGGCUCCUUUGCUUGGAUGAGUUCCAGAAGCUAACAGCCCAAAGUGAGAAAAGAACAGCUUCUGCUAUCACUUGUUUACGGCCCACUAAGUUAUCUGGUAUUUUUAAUAGAGCACCAUUCCCAAUCAUUAUCAUUUUAGGACGAUGGUGCAAACGCCAUAAAGGCGUUCUACAAACUGCUAAACAAGGAAAGGAGACCUGCAAUAUUGCUUGGACCUUCAAGUACAGAGGCCUUAGAGCCUGUGGCAGAGGCUGCGCCACUGUGGAACCUCAUUCAGGUUUGGUUUAAAAAUGUUGCCCCCUUGGGAGGAGUUCAGAACAAGAUCUUACCAGACGGAAAUAGUUGGCCGUGCCAAUUAUUUAUUUAGCAAACGUCCUUCGUCAACUGGACCUUGAACGACACCCGUAGAUAGCUGACUACACACAUCAGACUCUAGGACUCCUUUUACAGAGUGACAAAAACCAACUGUUACAUAAACAUAGAAGAAAGAGUACACAAAAAAAAAACAGACUCCUGACUGGAAUCAGACUCCAAGUCUGAGAUUUACUAUCUGCAAUCUGCAGAGUGCGACUUGUAAUUGUAUGAACAACAAAACACCUCUAUACUUUUAAUCGUCGCAGUCCAUUUAAAGUCGGACUACGUAAUUUAAGAAAGAUGUUAAAGCCGACUGGUUUCCUCUUUUAUGUAGGUUUCAUACGCGUCAGGCUCUCCAAAAUUUGAUUCAGGGAAAUAUCGCAACACUUAUCGAGGAGCUCCAUCGUCAACGUCAUACAGCAAGGCUAAGGUGGCCUUUAUCAAAUAUUUUGGCUGGAAAAGAGUGGCUAUACUCUAUCAGUAUGAUCCAGAAUUCUUUUCCCCGGUAAGUUCUUACAUUGUUCUUUUGAACAAAUAUCUCAGGGAAAAAAUAUGGGAGGGGAAGGUUAACUGCUGGCCAAGAAGCAACUUUCCGAGGUGAUAGUAAAGGCAUUUUCAACUAAUGAUUUGUAACAAUUUAUCAUUUACUUUGUCUUUUAUUUUUUUUAUUUUCUCCUUUCUUUUAUUUUUAUUUUUCCUUACUGAUACGUAAUGGGUAUCAUAUCGAAAGAGAUUUAGAGACUGAUACCUUUCCCGCUAAUUUGGUACACGUUAAACCCUCGGAGACAGCUCAAGAAUCAAUUUGCGACAUACCUAGAUAUGUAUGAAACAAAAGUCACCAUAGAAUGUUCACAGUCCUCUGUACGAGGGAAAUAAAAGAGAGUUCCAAAAUGUAAAAAGAAGUUUUCGAGAAACAAAAAAAGUCAGUCUUUAUUUUCUCUAUUUGUAUAUCUGCAGACGGUGGAUAAGCUCAAAAAUGAACUGAAGAAAAACAAUAUCAGCAUCAUUGCAGUGGAGGGAUUUGAACAGCUUGGCGACGUCAGUUUUCAAAUACGGAAACUCAAGGUGACUUAAGUACCCUGUUAAACACUUUUACAAAUCCCUAUAAAUAGGCACUUACAACUACAUAGCUAAAAUUGACUGAAAUUCAUUUUUUAAAACGCUCCAAACUAGGUAAUUUAGUACGUCAGAUUUAAUGGAACUUGACGCAAGCAAUAUUAGGAGUAGGGUUUAUAAUGCUACAGGGAUAACCACUGUGAGAUAUACGAGAGAAACCGAUGCCGCAAUCGGAACGGGGCACUCCAUCUUUGGCUUGCUCUGAGUCUACUCUUUCUUUCCAAAUCAGUCUCUAGAUGCAAGAAUCAUAAUAGGCGAGUUUGGCUCCGUCGGAGCCCAAAACGUCUUUUGUGAGGUAAGUGGAGUAAUCAUCUAAACGCCAGUUAGAGGCUACAAAACAAGUCCUGCUACAAAAGAAGUCGCGAUAGGAAUUACGAGAGUUUUCCUACGAUUUCAACUGAUCAUUUUCUCAUUAUUUAUUGAUCUCUAUUCAGAUCACUUCGAGGAGCCUUCAGUAAAAUACCUCUUAAAGUCUUGUUCUUUUGGCUUUUUUUUUUUUUUUUUUUUUUUUCCACAAAAGCCCCAGAGCUAACCUCACCUAAAGUUUAUAACUCUACCUGUGUUUGAUAUUUUUUUGCAGGCUUUUAAGCAAAAAAUGUAUGGUCCGAACUAUGCCUGGAUAACAUUUGGCGAUGUUGCACCAAGCCAAAUAUUUCGAUUGCCAGACAAAGAAAAGAUUCCUUGCACAGUUGACGAGCUGAGGCAAGCAGCUGAUCGUUACAUAUCGAUGGUCAAGCUAGAUAUUCGCCAAGAUGACAACGUAACGUUCUCUGGAAUGGUACGUUCUGGCAAUUGCUAAGUUGCUUUAGUUACAUUGUAUUCUCCGUUAACCAACCUGUAGAGAAGAAACUCUUUAAUUUAAAAAUCGCAAUGCGUCGGCACCUUUAUCCAAGUAGAUCUAAACGAAAACAGCAUGGACAGUUUUUCCCCUAGUCAUUAAUUAUUGGGAAACAAGCCUCUACGGCUACCAGUCCUAGUGCCAUGAUUAGUAACCUAAUUAAGAGCUGUAUAUCAUUUUUUUUAUCUAUCCGCAGACUGCGGAAGGUUUUUGGAGAGAAAUGCUCAAGUUGAAUAAGAACAAGUCUCUCAGAAAAGAAUCUGCGUACGCCUUUGACGUAGCAUGGAUAAUCGCGUUAACACUGAACGCUUCCCUCGCCAAUGGAUUGGAGUACGAGAACCUCCACACGCCAGAUUACAAAUAUCCUCUUGGGAUGAAACAACUUAUCAGGAAGAUAAGUUUUCAAGGACUUACUGUGAGUAAAAGUUUGGUCUUACCGAAUCAUUGAUGUCAGGCUAAAAUAAAAAAUGAUAACAGGGUAAUUUAGUGUUAUCGACUAAGUUGAAAUCGUAAACUGGACACCGUAAAGAGUUUAAAGGCUAACAUUUCGAGCGUUAGCUCUUCUUCAGAAUUAUUGGUGAAAUUGUGGGUUGUGUGUGGGUUUAUAUGCAAAAAAUGGAGCUACACUAUUGGUGGGAACAUGGUGACGAGAAAACAAGAUGAAAUUAGUUGAAUGAAAAGCGCUCGUUGAUGCCGUGGAAUUAGGAGUGCCGAUUUGGACGAUAAAUUUUUGUUCUAGAGUUUUGCGGAAAUAGGAAGACGACUAGGGGACCGAUUCCGAGAAAAACUUCUCGACGUAGAAAGAAAUGACAUGGAUGCAUUCAAAUCAGUCUCUAGACACUUUAAUCUCCCUAAUCACUCUAAACAGCAUAUGGUAGUUUGCGUUCUUUCCCCACACCUAGGCAGUUCGGAAAGCCGCAAAACUCAAGAACAAAAAUUUAUUUUUUGUUUUCUCGUCACCAUAUUCCCAGCAUAGCUCCAUUUUCUGCAUGUAAACCCACACAAAACCCACAAUUCCUCCAAUCGUUCUAACGAACGGCUAACGCUCGAAACUUCAGCCUUUAAACUCUUUACGGCGGUCAAUUUACGUUUUCAACUCAUUUGAUAACACUAAAUUACCCCGUUAUACUCUCCCACGGACGCAGCACCACAGUUUACCUAGGAACGUACCCCUUUAAAAAAAAAGAUUGUUGGUUGGAUGGUUUUCCCGUGAAAAAGUCAAAAAUUAAUCCUAGAAAGUGCAUAUACUUGGACAAUUCGCUGAGUUCAGAUGUCGUAGGAAAUGUUGUCUCUACCCCCAAUGAAUUAUGUUAAUUCCUUACGCGAAGUAUUUGGUUAGUCUCAACAUUUCAAUCAAUCAAUUUCUAAAGCACAGAGAGGAGCUUAUUGACAAGAAGAACAAAAUAGCUGUCAAUUUGUCCCGGCUCUAAUUAUGAUUUCAAACUCAUGGCUAUAUUUUCCUUUCGAUAGGGUCCAGUUCGCUUUGAAGAUAACAGAGAGCGAUUGGGAACAGUUCUUAUCAAACAGAACAGGAAAGGUACAUUUACCAACUCUUAAAGAGAAAAAAACAUGAAAGGUCCAGGUAAGGUAUUCAACGACCUUCCACAUGCAAUGGCUUGCAAAAGCACAAACUACUGAAACCUGAAACAGAAUACCGUUUGUAUAAAAGGUACGUCAAAGGAGUAUCUGCGCGAAAAGGGAACGUAAGAGAGCGGUGUCCUCGACUCUCUGGCUGAAACACCCUCUAAAAGAGUGUCCUCUUAAUAGCUUACUAAGAAGCCAUAGCGAUACCCAUCGGGAAGUAGUAAAGUCAGUAAAGCUGCUAGCCCUAUAUACGUAUGUAAUUAAGACGUUCAAAUGUCGCUCGCUUUACAUAGUCAAAUGAAUACCUUUCGUGGAUGGCAGGAAAUCCGCUUUCGACCUUUCAAACAUUCAAAAGAUAAUUCUUGGAGGGACGUAUCUCCCUUGAGGUGUUCACGACGAAGAUUAUUGUAGCCGCUUAAACCAUUGACUAACAAAAGUUCUAUGAAAUCGUUUUUACAAUGCUUUCUCUAUCGCUACUAAAAGUUUGGAAUUGGGUCUUUAUCUUUCAGGAAAUGAGACCAGAAUUGGUCAACAUUUUACGUUCUCAGAUCAACUCCACAUCUUCAAAGAUGAAAAAAAAGAAAUAUGGCCUGGUAAUUCAUUUUGCUAUAAUCUCAUAUAAUAUCAGGCUCUCAACUUUGCAACAGUAUUCUAAACGAGCUUCCUUGUCUCCUCUUACCAUCGUGUUUUCAUGAAAGCGAUACCAUUUAUAGCCAUACAACAUUAAUUAGAGAGAAAAGAAGUACAAAGCUACCUGAGAGAAUUGUGGCAUUGAAAAUGCAGGAUUUCUCAACCAUUUGGUCUGGAUUUGAGACGCAAAAUAUUUCAUGAUUCAUUUUGUAUUAACUUUAUCGCUUUGUUCGAUCUUUGAGAGUGCUGUGGUGAAGAUAUAUAUUUCAAAAAUUUCAGUGUUCUAAAUUAAGCCUGCUUCUCUUUUUCAGAUAAGAUACCAAAGGACGACACUGUCAGAAAUUUUGAGUUCAUGAUAAUCCCGCUACCUCUUAUAGUAAUCAUGUGGCUUAUGGCAGUGGUGGGAAUCAUCUGCUCAGCAGGGUUUUUAUAUUUCAACAUCAGCAACCGAAAGCAUAGGUAACAACAUCGUCCAAAAGUCAAUAAAACAUAAUAACAUCACUUAAUAUGUAAUAUCAAAUGGAAGGAAAUUUUAGGGUGUGUGUUGACCAAUAGAGGUUUCGCUCCAAACAGAUGAUUUAAAUCUAUAGCCGGCUUACUUAAAAAAAAAAAUGCUCCUCUCUAACCUAAGAAACACUUGGCUAAUUGCUUUGAAUUAGCUGAGGUGGGCUGAUGUACUAAAGAAAUCUUGACUGACAGACAGAAGUAAGAAAACGAAAAGAUUAGUGAAAGGCUGUAGUUAUCAUAACAGGUGGCGAAAACAUGAGCAAAUAAUUAGUUGAGUCGACAGUGUCAUUAUUUCAUUUCUAUCAAGAGAGCUGACAGGAGUCGAGGAAAGUUUCGGUAAUAACAUUUCAUCUUGUAUGAAGCUUAUGUCGCCAUUUCUCCAAAGGGUUUAUCGAGCAUGGGAACCAUGCCACUUGUUCGGAAGUUAUCAAAUCAAUGACGAUACUCGACUUUAUCAAAGUUUUUCAUAGUAAUCCUUUGCCCAAAUAACUGCCAUAGAAACGUGGCACCCCUUUCGAUACCUAGAAUAAAAAGACUAGGUAUUUUUAUUUUACUUAAAUAAGUUCGUUUGCUACGGAAAUAAAUUCUGAAUUGAAACAUUCUCCUAGCCCGAAAAGGUCGCCUUUUUUCGUCGUUUUUGAAAGUUCCCCCAUCAGGUCUCAUGCGAUAAUUUAUCUCAGUUUUCUUUACGAGCAUUAACGUCCUUGCAUAUCACCCACGAACGAUAAAUCGUUUGAGAAAGAAAACCUUAACUAAUUGGUUUUUCCCCCCUCACACCCCUUUCGUUUUUCUACUUUAUAAUGGCCAUCAAUAGAGCCAGUUGCAUCGCUGAAGACAACAACCUUGUGCUUUUCCAUGUGUUUUAUAUAGAGUUAUCAAGAUGUCGUCGCCGAAGCUCAAUAACAUAAUUAUCUUGGGAUGUAUACUUUGUUACGCCUCGGUUGUUCUUCUUGGAUUAGAUGCGAGGUUUCUUGAUAUUGGAGAAUACGGAUACAUUUGCAAUGUGAGCUAGCCUUUUACUGUAUUUCGUGGGAGUUAUUCCUGAAACAGCAUUACAUCAUUUCCGUUGUUGAUAUUCCAUUAAGGGUUUCCCAUACUGGAAAAAAGGAAACGACAUUUACAGGAAAAUCAACCAGUAAGCUCAAACUUAGGUCAUCAGAUGUAGGAACAUUAUUCUGUAAGAGUCAUACAUUAUACAGUAUACUUUACUACAAUUCCUAUCUGUGCAAGCUCAUUUUCUGCUGCAUGGUCAAUAGUUAUUGAAAAAUGUUUUAAAGAUUUAGCGGAUUGAUUAGCAAACCGUUGUUUACUAGGUAAUGCAUAGCUUUCAUUUCCACAUGACCCAAAAAAAAUAAAUGGGUAAGUCUAUCUCUUCAGUUCUUCGAACAGGCCAAAAUUGAUCCACUUUUCAUAAAUAAAUCAACAGGCGCGAACUACAGUACUGUCCUUUGGUUUUUCUUUAUCAUUUGGUGCCAUGUUCAGCAAGACUUGGCGGGUUCACAAGAUUUUUACAGCCGCUAAGACUCUCAAGAAAAUGGUGAGAUUAAUUGCGAUAAUUGUAAGUUGGAGACGCCUAAAAAAUAUACCCUAUUACACCAGUUGUUCGAAGAAUAAAUUAGUUUGACACGCGACUCAAAAAAUAGGCUACCAAUUUCUUUAACAAUAUAAGUACAAAAAUUGUGAUAACAGAUUGUGAACUCUUAUAAUCUGAAACAUAUUUUUUCUUUCACAGGCAAUAAGGGAUUUUCAUUUGCUUGUCAUUGUAGCAAGUUUAUUGUUGGUAGACUUAGUAUUCUUAUCCACAUGGGUAGCAAUUGAUCCUCUUAAAACCGAAAUAUUGCGCUUCGAAGAGUUGGUGAGUAACAACAAUACAGUUACAUCUCUGUCAACGCAACGAAUAAUGGUGUGUUUAUAUAUAAGUCAUCGACUAAACUUAAAAUAAAUUUUCCAUUUUUUUUUUCUCUUGUUCGUGCCCUACUUUGUUCCGCAAAGUUACAAGUCCGGAACCUUGGAAACUCCAAUUACCGUUAAUUUCCACCCAAUGUUUGAAGUAGAAAAUGUAAUAAAGAAGGUUCAGUGUAUCGAUAGGCCAACAAUCGCCUAAACAAGAUCGAGGUAGCAACUUGUUCAACUUCCAAACUCUGGCUGAAUUCCUUAAUCUCGUCACUUGCGAUCCUUUUUAUCGCCCUUUCGGUAGCCAUCCUUGUUUCUCAUUAAUGUAUCAUUGCUUCUCCCAUGUUUUUCAAUCUCGUCGAACAAAUACAUGACACUCUUCUUCGAGUUCAAAAAAUCGCCUAGUUUCUAAUUUAGAAACGUAACCUUGUCGUAAAACCAUGAAUAUCGUGAUCUAGAUAUCUUGUACCAAAAAAGAUUUGUUAUGUCUUUUUUGUGUUUUCUACUAACAGACACAAAAAGAACAAGAUGUUAUCAUUAUCCCUGCGUUAUUCCAGUGCACCUGUAGAUACAAGACAUAUUUUCUUGGGGUAUUGUUUGGCUACAAAGGAAUUCUCCUGCUGUUUGGGCUCUUCCUGGCUUGGGAAACACGUAAUGUUACCAUUCCUGCUCUAAACGACUCCCGAUACAUCGGAAUGUCGGUUUACAACGUGGUGGUGCUCUCCAUCAUUGGGGCUAUAGUGGCCAUUGCCUUGGAUGGAUCCAUGUACUAUAAAGCACCUUACGCCGUUUCGUCGCUGUGUCUCAUCGUGUGCACCACUGCGACACUCUUACUGGUUUUUGUACCAAAAGUAAGUUAUAAGAACUCUUUUCAUUCCAAAUAGUCAUGUGCACCUGUCACGAAAAGGGAGGAAAAUAACGAAAUUAACAUGAUAGCAAAUGGUGAAACUGUCCGAAUAAAUUUAAUAGUCACAAAGAGAACGUUCUUUAUCGCUGAGUGAUACUGCAAAUCUCUUCAUAUUUUGCCUUUAGAUGUAUCAAUUUCUAACAAAGGAUGAGUCGUUGACAACUCAGGCCUCGAGUAUGCAUAUCGGCCAAACUAGAAAAGGAGCUACCAGUAACAGCUUUAACUGUGGUACAAGCCCCGUCCUGAGGGAGCGUAACACCUCAUUUACUUGUAAAGGAACACAAACAGACUGUGAUGUCCCUGGAAGUGCAGGUACGUGGGACAAAUGUUAUUUUUUUGUGAACAUAAUUAUCUCGAUUCUUCUACUGUAGAUGGCAUAAGCAGUACAUCUUCCUAAUUUUUGCCUCGAAUACUAUUAGAUUAAACUGUUGCUACUACUUUUAGGAAAUAGAACCCUGCUCCUUUCACUAGUAGAAACCGAUGUAAAAUACGACGGACAAGACUAAAAUCUUGUAAGUAAAUUAUAUUCAAAUUUAACAACUAUGUCUCCCACCAGCCUUAGGUACCACAUAUACAAUCGGCCUCGAAUAGAGGCCACUUAAACAAUUAUCAAUUUGUGCUGAAUAUUCUUAGUCAGUUAAAUGUCUAAUUUUCUUUUAUGUAUCCUUCGUAAACACCUUAAGUCUUUCAUAUAUACGCUCAUUUAUUCCCUCGACACCAACAGCGCUGACUGUUGUUCUAACACAUCGCAUUGCUUCCUUGAUAGUACUGUUUUCCUUUAAUUAUCCUCAAAAACUAAUUGUUUUUUUGAUAACAGUGUACUGUCAUUUACGGACCGAAGGUACUUUUCAUGUUAUGUUCCAUAAGGUUUACCUUGAUCAAGUGGAAAAAAAGCAACCUGAGCGCUAUUCUGUCCAUUUCAAAUUUCAGCAGGAAUUCCUGGGGAUAACGGAGAAAACGCCCAAUCAAAACGGGCCUUCUAUUUAAAGGAUACGAUGAAAAGUUUUACGAUAACCCAAAUUGCCAAUCUUUUGGAGAGAAAAUGUCAUUCGACAUUUCUCUAUCGUUCCUUUAUUAUGAAUGAUUUUGGCAUGGAGUAGCUUCGGGUACUGCGUUUGAAAGGUUUGGGAGAGUAAUCAAAGCAACAAACAGUACAGUUGACGGUGUGAGAGCCAUUACUUUUCCUCAUUUCUUUACACCUAACCUAUUUAAUUUACUUUUCAAGUAAACCGAGUCAUGUUCCAGAGCAAAGGUUCCUCGUCAGAUGACAGACCUUAUGAAAUUCGGAUGGAAGACAUCGAACUUAAGGAAAGCAUGGUGGUAGCGUCCACUCAGACCCGUGAGCCAAGCAUCAAAAACUAUUACUCUGAAAUUUCAUAAAACUUAUAACCGUAACAAAUCGAGUGAUGUAGCAGUAAAAAGCAACCACUUAACUUGUUAUAUCAUUCUACUGUAGCCUUUGUCAAAGUGUCAAAAUAUUUCCCGUUUUACCCUAGGUUAAAAUUAGAGAUGCAAAUGAGAUAAAAACUAUUCGAAUCCAUACUGUACAUACGUCCAAAAGUGAGUCUUCGUCUAACUUAUUUUGACCCAAAACGGUUACUUUACCACAGCUGUGGUUAACGACUCACGUUUUGACGUGACUGUGUCGCAAUCUUCUAGGGGAAAGUGGUAUUUCUUUCAGAGGUCGUCGGUCAGAUAUUCGUUUAGAAGCAUUGCCUCGAUUUAGGAAGUAACGUCUCGUCAUUUCAACCACUUUGUCUGUAAACAGUAAUUUCUGUGCAAGUUUAUUUAACGAGUCUUUUCAUGACCUAAUUCCCAUCACCAUUCUCGAACCAUCUCCUCCUUUCCCUCGUUUCGAUAUUGUAACAAAAAAAUUCGGUCCUCGAAAAAGGAAUGAAAGGGGAGAGGGAUGUUUCGACAAAAGUUGACAAAAGUUGUAGUCCUCUCGGCGAAUUACACUUUACUCGAUGCGACUGUAAUUUUCUUGGCAAGACUGAAGUGUGAAUAAAGAGAAAAGCUCGUGAAGAAGCCCUCAUUAACCUGCCAGCGUCGGUCAGGGUAUUUGUCAAACCAAAUAAACUUGAAUCUUCUCCAACUAAAAUACUGAGCCUUCAUUAAGGUACUAUCAUAACCAGGGCAAAAGCAGAGACCCUCCAUCUGGAAAUUGUAAUCGUAAAAAAUCUAAUCUUCAGAGGCAA